CAAAGAAGUCUCCUGUAUCACAAAACACCGAAUGAUCAUGGCAGGCAUCAAAAUGAUCCAGCAUCUCGUCACGCCACAUCCCAAUGAAUCUUCGCGAAUGCCUUCUGAGCGAGAGUAUAAAAAGAGGUAAAAUGGGCAAAAUCAACUUGAACUCCUGCCCCUCGCAUUCCGACGUCAGAACCAGGUCAAGAUCAUUCAACUUUGCCCUCUUCGCUCACUCUAUACUUCCCAUACACACCUCAACAAUGGAUCCUUCCAACGCCACUCGCAAGGAGUUCACGGACAAUUUGGUCUCACAGCCCCUCCCAGAUGACGCCAAUGCUGAGUGGAAGCGGUUUGCUGACGCUCAUCGUGAUCUGCUUGGCAAAUUGGCCUACCACGAUGCCAUGAGCGAGAACUUGCAGGACACGUACAUGACGCCUGCACGCUCGAAGAAUCGUGUGUACUUCAUGUGGGACUUUGUCGGCCGCACUCUGGGCAUGAUUUACAAUCUUCCUCCUGCAAAGAACCCAGAACGAUACAAUGAGCAGCAGAAAGAGACAUACCACGAUGUCAUCUCGAGGAGCGUCAUGUCCAAGUCUCUGCUCACGGAUCAGAGGCCUGGAAUGUUGAAUAUGAUGAUUGAAUCUACAAACCCGGAACAAAGAGGCAGACAUCCCGAUCUGGGAGCUGAUAUACUGGCGGCUGCCAAUGCUUUGCCUGUGUAGCAAGACAAUGACUUCCUUGGACAACGUUGUAAUCUGUCGCCCGACACAUGGCAUUUAUCUAGGCGGAGUACCUUUCAUGGCAUCAUGAUCUUCAUCGA